CUUUAACAGUGAAGUAAGAUUGCACAACAUUGCAUCUAACAAAAAAGUAUCGUCUAGAAAACAAGAACAAAUGUGUCAGAUAUAAGAGCUUAAGUUUGAUUUCCUCAUUAUCUUGUGUUAGUUUGAAACAGUUUAAACAUGUUGGAUAAAGCAGCAGUGACUGAAUACGUGAAACUGGUUGUAGAAGAUGAAGUAAAAAGAGGAACAGGGGACCAGUUUUUAUGUGACAGUGAUUUACACACUUUACUGGUGGAUGAUAAAAGUAGCCCAGUACCAAGGGAGACAAUUGUUGGUUACCCCACCUAUCCUUUAUACAGAGAGAUAGGAAACAUGUUGUACCAGUGGUUAGAAAACAAAGAAUGUCCAGUUGUAAAUCUGCCUAAGUAUGAGUUAUUGGAUGAGAAAGUGUAUGUGGAAUCAAGAACAGCAACCUUUGCCACCAUUACACCAAUGCUAAAUGGUAUGACUUCACUGUGGGACCACUGGGGUGAGGAGGAAAGGAAAUACAGAAUCAGAUCCAUCUUGACUCUGCUAGAAAAGAGAGGAAUGUUAGAUCUAUUGGGCAUUAGAAAAACAGUGGGAACAAAGGAGAUUUUACCGUGUUCAAGGAAAGUGUUGGAAGAUUGUUUUACAGCAAAACAUUCGCCAGAUUCUAGUUCUAAGCUGUCUGUUGGUGCCAGGGCAUUAGCCAAGCACUCUCAUAGAGAUAUGAGUACAUCUUGGUGGGGUGUGUGCACUGGAACUGAGGAGGCAAAGAAUGAGCAUGCCUUGAAGAUAAUGAACAAGAUUUUAGAUAAUGCCACCUGGUUAAACACACACUGGUUACCGCAAGAUAUCAUCAUCUUAGAAGCCAGACAUACAGAAGGUUAUGGGGCCAGAUGGACAGCUGAUGGCUCAUCGUUUAGAGGAUUCUUAGAACCUCAGAUGGAAGGUGGCCAUGAUGCUGGAUGGAAGCAUUGAUGUUUCCAGUGUUCUAGGGCAUAUACAUGCAUAGUGAUAAAGACAUGAUGGUGAAAAAAAAAGGCAGCUGUGAUAAAGAAAAGAUAUGUGAUUGUCUAAGAGAAACUGAAAUUAAGAACUUUGUAUGAACUGUGUAUGGUUUGGUUUUAAUCAUAGUCUAUAUGCUUUUAUUUUCUGAAGCAGUAACUGUUAACUUAUUUCAUUCAAUUAUUGUGAAAAGUUGGACAUAUCUUAUUUGUCAGAAAUGUUGUAUAUAUAAUAACUUCAUAAUCCUCAUAUAUGGAACAUUAAAACCAUUAUUCAUUGUAUAACUAUGACCAUGAAUACACAAGUUAUUGUCCUUAGUGGAGUUCAUCCAAUUGGAACUUUAAAUUUCCUCUUAUAAAUUGGAACUUAAGUUGUGUAAUCAACUCCUCAUACUUUUUUCAACCCAAUGCCCUGAAACCUCACAGAAGGAUUGCACACAACAAACUGAAGUUAAACAAUUAUUAUAUGGAUUGUUUUCGUAAUGUUUUUCCCUUACUCCAAACUUUUGAAAUUGUGAUAAUUUAGUAAAAAUUUUCAAAAGAAUACUAACUGUAACUAUUUUUGUUUUUAACCAAUAUCUUUGAAAAUUCACAGAGAAUUUUAAGACUCAUUAAGGUUGUGCUUCUUUGAACUGUUGUAUAAAGAUAUUUUUUCCAUUUUCAAAUUUCAUAUUUUUAUAAAUUUAAAUGAUAACUACAAACCAUUCUCCAUUAUUUAAGAAACAUUUUAUGCAACAUAGCCCUUUGAGUCUUGAUAAACAAAAUUUAUACAAGUAGUUGAGAAAAAAAUAUCCAUUCCUUAAAUGUGCAAAAUAUGCAAUAUGUCAUAAUUUAGGACCUUAGGGAUAUUGACAAAAUUCAAGACAUUAAGAUGUUAUAAUAUAAGACCAUGGUGUUUUUUUGAUGUACAAAAUAUAACAUUUGUUAUGAUGUAAGAAUAUUGGUGUAUUUUUUUAUGCAAAAUAUACCAUAGAUUAUAAUGUAAGACCAUUGAAAUAUUGUGAUUAUACAAGACUUUGGUAAUAUCGUCAUAAUGUAAGACCACAAGUGUAUAGGUAUUACCGGUAAUGUGCAUUAUAUACCAUUUGUCAUUAUACAAUACCAUGGGACUACUGUAAUGCUGUAUGACCAUGUGGAUAUUGCCAUAAUGUAAGACUAUUGUGGUAUUGUUGAUGUGCAUAAUAUACCCGUUUUCAUAAUGUAAGACUAUUGUGGUAUUGUUGAUUUACAUAAUAUACCUGUUGUCAUAAUGUAAGACUAUUGUGGUAUUGUUGAUGCACAUAAUAUACCCGUUUUCAUAAUGUAAGACCAUAUGGGCAUUGAAUUUUCUAAAUAAAUAGAAGAUUCUUCAACCAAAAUAUCCUGUACAUAAAGUUAUUUUCAUGCAGUUCCCAAAUUGUAUGCAAUAUGGCUGUACUGAUAGAGAUCUGAAACAAGUGUAAGUAUUUUAUAUUUAUUGAUUGACUGAAACAAAACAAAAAUAUAAGAAUUUAAGGAAAACUUUUGGCAAAUGAUCAAUUUUGUACAAUUUAUCCCCAUGACUGUAAUCAUAAUAUAUUAAGGUUGUACCCAAAACUUUCACUAAAAUAAAUUUGGCUGGUUUAACUUUUCUAAAAUUUUGGCAAAGUAUUUACUUUGACCCUUUGACACAAAUAUAUCAACUUUCAAAAAUUUUGAACCAAGCAUUUCAUCAGAAAAAUUACUCUGGUUAUAUAGCAGUUUGACAAGAACUAAUUUUGAUCAUUGAGAAGCUUAACAUUCUCUUAACAACACAAUGUCAUUAAAAUGUUUAGGUGAUUUUACAAAGUUAUCUCCCUGUAGUGUACCACCUUAAGUAGAGCUUUUGUUUUGAAUUGUGCAAUAUGUGCUAUAUUUUGUUUUUAUGCUUGUUUUGCUAUAUUUUAUACUUCACAUUUAGAAUGUGAAUUACUUUGUCAAUUAUAUAUGAAGGCAACAGUAGUAUACCGCUGUUUGUUUUGUAAAUGAGAUUUUAUUAUGAAUGGAUAGAAAGAUGAAUGAUGUGUUGUUUAAUAACCAGCAGUAUAUUUGUGGAGAGAGAGAAAUAUCGGCAGUUAAUUUUUGAUACAAUUUUGUUAUUUAUAUAAGAUAUCUGUUUAUAUGUAAUGAACCUCAGGUAAUACAUAUUGUCUACAAGUGUUUUAUGGAAAAUAUGAAAGUCCCAAUUGGGGAGAAUUUAUUUCCAAAAUUAGAUUUAUUUAAAUAAAAUUUCUGCAAUUGACCAACUAAUGAAUGUUGAAUAUAU